CAAGUUCCCCUCUUGUAUAAAAGUAACUUUUCGGGAACUCUUCAGCCCAUCAUCAACUAUCCUCCUCAACACAGAGAGAUUACGCGAACAACCCUAAUCCCUCUCUCUAUUUCUCGUGGUACCCGGCUAUAAAUCCCCUUGGAUAGCCUUUGUGCUGCUGCGUGGCCACUUUUACCUCUGGCAACGAACAAAGCGUUGUUAAACUCUUGCAUCCACUCCAGAUUAUGUCAAUGGAGGGUGCUAGCUUCUCUUCACGGCGUCCCGCCGCAGGCGCCCUGCCUGCCAUGACUCUGCCGCCACCGACAGCAGAUGUUCCAAGUAUGGCCAAAUACCCCUUCUACCCUUCUUUCACAGGUAACUCGUCAGAGUCCUUUCAGUGCUCCCGGGAGGGCGAGUCGGUUGGGUAUUCAUAUCCGCCAUCUUACUCUCCCCUUCCUGGUCCCUUUCCAGAUCGCCGCAUUUCGUCUUCGCCCAGUAUUCUGACCCCUUCGCCAGGAGCCAGUGAUGGCCUGAGCCCCAGUCUUUCUAGCGUCAAUACCGGGAGUUCCCAAGGUUCUCAAGCACCAGGCAACAUGUAUCAAUAUGCACAACUUCCCGCGGCAUGGGCUACACCAAGCAAUUCUUCGUACACCGUCAGCUCCGCGACCCAGGCUCAGCCAGCCCUUGGCCAACAGCACUUCCCUGGACGAAACCACUCCAUCUACAACCAAGGUCCCGGAAUGCAUCAAUAUAAUCACCCUCGAAGUUCUCAGUCGCCGGCUACUGGAGGUGACGGACUCCCAGCACCCCCUUACGAUCAAGUGCAUCAGCCUUUCCAGACUGCGGUCUCUGGCGGAGGUGGCCAGACCACUCCACCAGGCCUCUCGACAUCUCAGCAGACCCAGGGUGCAAUUUUGACUUCGCAAAGCUCGGUAGCAACGCAACCUCCUACUCCUUCGAGCGCGUCGGCACACGUCGAUUCAUAUACGCACUCGAGGCCCCCCAGCACACCGAACUACUAUACAUCAUCUGCAUCUCAGCCGUCUAGCUAUCCACCAUAUGGCCACCAGCCUUCGCCGACCCAGCAUUCCUCUUCUAACGGCGGCCCUGUACCUAGGGGCCUUGGAUCGAUCUCAGGCCAGCCGCAUGGUGCUGGCAUGGCACCCCCUGGUCCCUAUCGAUCAUACGCCCCUUAUCAAACCCUCCCUACCAUGGGAGGAUCAGUCUUGUCGAAUAUUCACCAGCCUGGAAGCCAAAUGUCAAUGAUCCCAGGUAUGCCCGUAACUGCAUACGGGCAUCCCAUGCUAUACGGAGGUCAAGGCCAGCCCCCACCAACACAGUCAGAGCGGCCUUUCAAGUGCGACCAAUGCGUUCAGUCGUUCAGUCGAAACCACGAUCUCAAGAGACACAAGCGGAUUCAUCUGGCAGUCAAGCCUUUUCCUUGUACUUACUGUAGUAAAAGCUUUUCCAGAAAGGAUGCUCUGAAGAGACACCGGCUUGUCAAGGGUUGCGAAAGCAAGGCCAACGAGAACCCCGGUGAUGGUAAUGGAGCAGAUCGCAGUGGAGAGGAGAACGAUAGCCCCGAAGUCAAGAGGGAACAGUGAAUCCGUAUCGCAAGGAGUUAUUGUUUAAUGCGCGAUACCCAUGUUUCGAGACGACGACAACUUCACCAUUUGGUUUCAAGAGAGCAACAAUCUGGGUAUCAUAAAGACAGACGGCUAUCCUGGACGCCUGUUUCGAGGCACAUAUCUCUAUCAUUCGUUCUGGCAUUUGAA